CAGCACAGAAGUGGAUGUAUGGAGGCCUGGAGAGUAAUGUGUUUCUCCAGUACCUGGCCUGGGUCACCUACCCUGUGGUGCUUAUAACCUUCUCAGCUGGCUUCACACAGAUACUGGCCCCACAGGCCGUAGGUUCAGGUAUCCCAGAGAUGAAGACCAUUCUGAGGGGUGUAGUGCUGAAAGAAUACCUCACCUUUAAAACGUUUGUGGCCAAGGUUAUCGGCCUCACCUGUGCCCUGGGCAGUGGCAUGCCUCUGGGAAAGGAGGGUCCAUUUGUUCACAUUGCCAGUCUGUGUGCUGCACUCCUCAGCAAAUUCAUGUCACUGUUUGGUGGAAUCUACGAGAAUGAGUCGAGGAACAUUGAGAUGUUGGCAGCUGCCUGUGCUGUGGGGGUCGGCUGCUGUUUCGCUGCCCCUAUAGGAGGUGUGCUGUUCAGUAUUGAGGUAACGUCUACGUUCUUUGCGGUGAGGAAUUACUGGAGAGGGUUCUUCGCUGCUACCUUCAGUGCCUUCAUCUUCAGAGUCCUGGCCGUGUGGAAUAAAGACGAGGAGACCAUCACAGCUCUGUUUAAAACCCGUUUCCGUCUGGACUUCCCCUUUGACCUCCAGGAGCUCCCAGCCUUUGCUGUCAUUGGUAUUGCAAGUGGUUUUGGCGGGGCGUUGUUUGUCUACCUGAACAGACUGAUAGUCCAGUUCAUCAGGAAACAGAAGACCAUCAACAAGUUCCUCAUGAAGAAGCGUCUGCUGUACCCAGCCCUGGUCACUCUGCUGGUGUCUACGCUAACCUUUCCCCCCGGCUUCGGACAGUUCAUGGCAGGCAAGCUGACCCAGAAGGAGUCCCUGGUGACGUUGCUAGACAACCGGACAUGGGCCAAGCAGGGCAUUGCUGAGGAGUUUGACUACAUCGGCAACUCCCAGGCCUGGAAUCACCCCCAGGUCAACGUCUUCGUCACCCUCGUCCUCUUCAUCGUAAUGAAGUCUGAAGUAAUGUCCUUCCCAUUGACAUGA